GUCAGAAACAGCGCGAGCGCUUGGAGUACAUCUGCACGUCAGAAAUAUACCAGGGCAUCAGUUUACUGUCCGCAUCCACUGUAGAUAGUAUAUAUAAUGGGUUCUAUAUUGUUUUUUUUUUUAUCGAGUCGCGCCUUGCCGCGCCACUCGCGUCCGAGGAAGACACGGAAGCAGCGGGGCAGCGCCGGGGAUGAACCCGCGAGAGUGGGAGAGCUCCGGAGAACAUCUACGCUGUGUGUCGAUGCACCUUGUGAGAGAAUAAGACCAGCAAGCAAGAUCCACACGUUGAGUUCAUAGCCCUCAGAUGCUCCUGGUAACUCCUGUGUCGAGCUGAAGAAGACCCUUACGCUUCCUUCUUAAUCGUUUUAAAAGUUGUGCCAACCAUGGCGAAGAGUGGAUAUGGCUACUACCGAACAACUAUAUUCCUGGCCAUGUUUGUGGGCUACACGCUGUAUUACUUUAACAGGAAGACGUUCUCUUUCGUGAUGCCCUCUGUAAUGCAGGAGAUCACGCUGGAUAAGGAUGAUCUAGGUCUUAUCACUAGCAGUCAAUCACUGGCCUACGCCAUUAGCAAGUUCAUAAGCGGUGUGCUGUCCGAUCAGAUGAGCGCACGAUGGCUUUUCUCUGUUGGGCUGUUUAUGGUUGGCGGCAUCAAUGUGGUUUUCUCUCAGUCCUCGUCUGUGGCGGUGUUCUCAGGCCUGUGGUUUCUGAAUGGACUGGGUCAAGGUCUAGGAUGGCCACCGUGUGCAAAAGUACUACGCAAGUGGUUUGAGCCAUCUCAGUUUGGGACCUGGUGGGCAGUGCUGUCUUGUAGUAUGAAUUUGGCUGGGGGUCUCGGGCCUAUAAUUGCCACACUGAUGGCCCAAAGCUACAGCUGGAGGUUCACACUGUCCAUCUCUGGCCUAACCUGCAUGGUCGUGUCCAUCUUCUGUCUACUCAUCAUCCGAAAUGAGCCCAGUGAAGUUGGCCUGCCAAAUAUCGAAGCUGGUGCAAAGAAAGGCAAAGGAGGCUCCAGCAAAAAUGAAAGCACCUUCAAAGAGUUCAUCUUUUCUCCAUAUCUGUGGGUGUUGUCAUUGGGAUACCUGGUGGUGUUUGGGGCGAAGACUGCUUACACUGACUGGGGGCAACUUUUCCUUAUCCAGGACAUGGGCCAGUCAGCUCUAAUGGGAAGUUCCUUUAUGAGUGCCCUGGAGAUUGGAGGACUGCUGGGUAGUUUAGCCGCAGGAUUUCUGUCAGAUAGAGCUGUGGCAAAGCAUGGAUUGCGUCUGUAUGGUAACCCUCGCCAUGGGCUCUUGCUCUCCAUGAUGGCUGGCAUGUGUGUCUCCAUGUACCUCUUCCGCACUACUGUCACAGCACACAGCUCAAAUGUAUGGAUUCUUUUGUUGGGUGCUGUUUUUGGUUUUUCCUCCUAUGGACCGAUUGCCUUGUUUGGAGUUCUUGCGAAUGAAAGCGCUCCAUCGAACUACUGUGGGACCUCUCACGCCAUUGUGGCCCUGAUGGCAAACGUUGGAGGUUUCCUGUCAGGGUUGCCAUUUGGCACCAUUGCUAAACACUAUGGCUGGAACACAGCAUUCUGGGUAGCAGAGAUAACCUGUACUGUCACCACAGUUGGAUACUUUCUGCUCCGGAAUAUCCGCACCAAGAUGGGAAGUGUACCCAAGAAGGCCGACUAAACAUUAGAGUAUUAUUUAAAUGUCUUUUAACUCGUUUUUAAGAUAUGGUAUGAAAAUUAAAGGGUACAACUUG